GUAAAUUACUCCAAAGAGAAGAAGAAUGCGCGUGCAUGAUUAGUGGUCAUUGGAUUGGGACCCAACGAGAGACAUAACUAAGGAAGCCAAAAACCAUUCGCCCGCCAACCAACACCUCAUCGCGAAGAGCUUCUUCUCCUUCUUCAUCGUCUUCACUUGGAUAACUUCCUGCUUCUGCAACAUUUCUCUCUCCCAUGGAAGUCCCACCAAUAGCGGCCUGCCACGUGGUGGCCAUGCCCUACCCAGGUCGAGGCCACAUCAAUCCCGUACUCAACUUCUGUAACUGCCUUCUCUCCAAAAGCCCUGACAUUCUCGUCACCUUUGUCGUCACUGAAGAAUGGCUCGGCUUCAUCGGCUCAGAAGCCCAGUCCAUCAAUUUUCGGUUCAGCACUGUACCCAACGUAAUCCCCUCCGAACUGGACCGUGCAGCCGACCUUCUCGGCUUCGUCGAAGCUGUCAUGACAAGGAUGGAGUCUCCGUUUGAGAAGCUCCUCGAUCGGCUUGAGCCGCCGCCUACACUCAUUAUAUACGAUACUCUUCUCUUCUGGGUCGUCGGAGUCGGAAAUCGAAGGGACAUCCCUGUUGCGUCGUUUUGGACUAUGUCUGCGUCGUUUUUCUCUGUGUAUCAACACCAUCAUCUCUUAGAGCAACAUGGCCAUUAUCCCGUCAACGCGUUAGAAGUAGGCCACAAACGUGUGGAUUAUUUUCCCGGAAUUUCCUCAACCCGUCUAGUGGAUUUUCCCCUUAGCGACGGAAGCUCUCCUAGCCGAAGAAUGCUGCAAUUGGGCUCAAAAGCUCUUUCUUGUAUACCAAAACUACAAUAUCUGUUAUUCCCCACAAUUUACGAGCUUGAAACUGAAGCCAUUCAUGUGUUAAAAUCUGAGUUCUCUUUGCCCAUUUACACUAUCGGCCCUACAAUACCAAACCCAAAUCUCUUUUCUUCAACCUCUGAAGAAACCUACUUUCAAUGGCUGGGCAAACAACCCUCUUGUUCUGUGCUGUACAUCUCACAAGGAAGCUUUCUCUCAGUAUCAAACCCUCAGAUUGAAGAAGUCGCAGCUGGUUUACGUCUAAGCGGUGUUCGAUUCUUGUGGGUAGCACGAGGAGAGACUCGAAGGCUAAGAGAGAUUUGUGGAGAUAAGGGCUUAGUUUUGGAAUGGUGUGAGCAAUUGACAGUGUUAAUGCAUGAUUCUAUAGGUGGUUUCUGGUCUCAUUGUGGCUGGAAUUCUACUAGAGAAGGUGUUUUUACUGGUGUUCCUUUCCUUACUUUUCCCAUUGUGAUGGAUCAACAAUUCAACAGCAAGAUGAUAGUGGAAGAUUGGAAAGUUGGGUGGAGGGUGAAGAAAGAUGUUGAUCCUCAAAGAUUGAUAACUAGAGAUGAAAUUUCUGGUUUGUUGCAGAAGUUUAUGGAUUUGGAUGAUGAAGAAGGAAGAGAAAUGAGAAAGAGAGCUAAAGAGCUUAAGCGGAUAUGUCAGCUUUCAAUAGCAAAAGGUGGCUCUUCUGAAAUUAAUAUCAAUGCAUUUGUCAAAGAUAUUACAAAGAGGGGUUGAUAUAAUUAAGUUCUGUCUUUUUUAAUAUGCUGUUUAAAUAAGGAAAAUAACUUGAAUU